GGCGGAGGCGGAGGGGAGGGCAGAGGGUUGGUGGAGCCGGAGGACGCUCCGGACGACGACGAGAAGGCGGAGGCGGGCGGCCCGGGCCCCAGGCCCCUCCCAGGCUCUGAGUCUCCCGGCUGCAGGCGGAUGGAUGGGGCUUCUUCAGGCGGUGGCGGGAGCAGCGAAGGAGGCGGCGGCGGCGGCGGCUAUGGUGUGGUGGCUCGAUUCUCCCAGUGCCUGGCUGAGUUUCGGACGUGGUUAAGAUCCAACUGGUUGAGAUUCAAUGCAGACAAGACGGAUGUGAUGCUGAAAAUGUGCAUCAGAUGUUUAUGUUUAAUUGGUUUACAGACUGUCUGGGGACUCUUUUCCUGUCAAAUUACCAGCCAUCUGUUGAGUCUUCAAGUCCAGGAGGUUCAGCAACAUCAGAUGACCAUGAAUUUGAUCCAUCAGCUGACAUGCUGGUUCAUGAUUUUGAUGAUGAACGAACAUUAGAAGAGGAAGAAAUGAUGGAAGGAGAAACAAACUUCAGUUCUGAAAUAGAGGAUCUUGCAAGGGAAGGUGACAUGCCAAUUCAUGAACUUCUCAGCCUUUAUGGUUAUGAUAGUACUGUUCGACUACCUGAAGAAGAUGAGGAAGAAGAGGAAGAGGAAGAAGAAGGUGAAGAUGAUGAAGAUGCUGAUAAUGAUGACAACAGUGGCUGUAGUGGGGAAAAUAAGGAAGAAAAUACAAAGGAUUCAUCAGGUCAGGAGGAUGAAACUCAGUCUUCCAAUGAUGAUCCAUCACAAUCUGUUGCUUCUCAGGAUGCUCAGGAAAUAAUCCGCCCACGCCGAUGUAAAUAUUUUGAUACAAAUAGUGAAAUAGAAGAAGAAUCCGAAGAAGAUGAAGAUUAUAUUCCAUCAGAAGACUGGAAAAAGGAGAUUAUGGUGGGUUCCAUGUUUCAAGCAGAGAUUCCAGUUGGCAUUUGUAGAUACAAAGAAAAUGAAAAAGUGUAUGAAAAUGAAGAUCAACUCUUGUGGGACCCUGAAUAUUUACCAGAAGAUAAAGUAAUUGUAUUUCUUAAGGAUGCAUCUCGAAGAACAGGUGAUGAGAAAGGUGUAGAAGCUAUUCCUGAAGGAUCUCAUAUAAAAGACAAUGAGCAGGCCUUAUAUGAAUUGGUUAAAUGCAAUUUUGAUACAGAAGAAGCAUUAAGAAGAUUAAGAUUUAAUGUAAAAGCAGCUAGAGAGGAAUUAUCUGUAUGGACAGAGGAAGAGUGUAGAAAUUUUGAACAAGGGCUGAAGGCCUAUGGAAAAGAUUUUCAUUUGAUUCAGGCUAAUAAAGUUCGAACAAGAUCAGUUGGUGAAUGUGUAGCAUUCUAUUACAUGUGGAAAAAGUCAGAACGCUACGACUUCUUUGCUCAGCAAACUCGAUUUGGAAAGAAGAAAUAUAAUCUUCAUCCUGGUGUAACGGAUUACAUGGAUCGUCUUUUAGAUGAAAGUGAAAGUGCUGCAUCUAGUCGUGCACCAUCCCCUCCCCCAACUGCCUCAAACAGUAGUAACAGCCAGUCUGAGAAAGAAGAUGGCACUAUAAGCAAUAAUAACCAAAAUGGGGUGUCAGCUAAUGGGCCAGGUGAAAUUCUAAACAAAGAAGAAAUAAAAGUCGAAGGGUUACACAUUAAUGGACCAACAGCUGGAAAUAAGAAACCACUUCACACAGAUAUGGAUACUAAUGGUUAUGAAACAGAUAACCUUACCACUGACCCAAAACUUGUCCAUAUGACUGCAAGAAAUGAAAAUGAUCUUGAUGAUAAAAGUGAGAGACCUGCCAAAAGGCGAAGGGUGAACAGCAGUGGAAAAGAAAGUCCAGGUUCUUCUGAAUUUUUGCAAGAAGCAGCCUCACAUGGAAAAUUGGAAGAACUUGAAAACACGGAUGACUAAACUUCAGAAAUACUUUACUUUCUUUGGAGUAAAUUCUGGUGUGACUAAAAUUUUCAGGGUUGAUGGGUUACCUUAAAAAGAUGAUUUUCUUGAAACAAUUCAUUAAAUUUGAAAAUUUGAAGAGAGUUUCUCACUUUAGGAAUAAGAUUUAAGAAUUCGGCCUUUCUCAGGUUCUUUUACAUUCAAACUGUCAAAGGCCCUCUUAAGUAUACCAAAAAAAAAUUUUUUUUUAGUCAGUUUGAUGACCUAAAGAUAUCUAUCUAUACUUUCUUAUUUGAAAUAUUGAUCAUAAAAUUUCACUACACAGUAAUUUUUCUUUAUUUUGGUAGGGAGGAAUUUUAAAAAUCAAGUUCAAAUUUCUGCUCAAAUCUCUUGUUUCUGGUUUUCUUUAAUUGUCUUUACAAUAGACAUUUUCCUAUUCAUACAAAUUGAGUAUCAUUAUUAAGGAAACCCUUAUGAAUCCUGAAAGUUAUGCAAGCAUGAUUUUUUUUAUAUAUAGAAGUUUAAAAAUAAACCAAGUCAGGUUUGUGUAUGUAAAAUUGUUGACAUCAAUGAUGUCUUUCCAUAUUCUUAUCUGGGCUUAAGAAAUACAUUCUGUAUUUUUCCAGAUUCUUUGUAGCCUUUGAAAGAUUUUUACAGUACAUAUGUCUUGACUGAGCUGUCCUUUCUUAAUACAAAAAAGCUUGUAUAAUUUUCUUAACUUGUACAGUUGGUAAACUUUUACGAGAAGAAUUGAUAUUCUGAGUCUGUCAGCUUUCCUUUUAUUUUGCUAAGGUUUUUCUAAUGUUUUUAAGUGUUUGAGUAGUUAACAAAGUCAUGUUUCUUAUCCCUGUGGUAAAAGCAUUCAUAGGGGAUUAUGAAAAUUUGUUUUGAUGAAUUUCUACUUAAGGACACAGUAGUUUAAAAUCUGAAAUUAAGCAUGAUAUUUAAAUUGUGCAGGGAUUUUUUUUGCAUUUGCUAUAAUUUUCAUAAUUACUUUUGAAACAAAACAAAGGUUUGUUGUCAGGUUAAGUGCUUAAAUGUAUCAUGCUUUCUAGAAUCCUGUUUAGUUAUUUGUAUAUGCAUUAUAAGAUUACUCAUCUUUGCAUUACAUUGACAGAGGGAAAGGUCAAGUGAUAUUUAGAUAUUGGCAUACCCAGGUAGUAACUGCUGGCAGGCAACAAUAAUUGGUUUCAUGAGGAGAAAGUGAGGGAAUUUAUAGUUCUCAAAUUCUUCCUGUUACAGUCCAGUUUUUUUAGAUUUGGUGACAUUUUCCCAAAAUGAAAAGAUACAGAUAACCAUUAAUAAACACAGAUAGGAUUAUCCACAAGCAUAGCCUUGUCAGGGUACCAUUUUAUCUUUAGUGCAAAAUUCUUGUUAAAAAUGUAGUUUUGUACAGCUGAUAGACCUAUAUCCAAACUUUUAUAAAAGAUUAUCAAAACUUUUCUCAUACAGACAUAUGUUUCUUUUAGUUCAUUUUCCACAUCAGUUUAAGAACCAAUAAAUCCUCUGUGAUCUUGUUUUUAAUAGCUCAGUUGUUGAAUGCAACUGAAUAGAGUUUGCACUGAGUAAUUAUUAUUUAGGCCUUACCCCCCAUGAAGUAUUAUCAAGAACAUUUAUUCUGACAGCUUCCUUCUUCAAUGUGAACAGCUUUCCCCAAACAGUGUUAAAAAGCCACUCUGCAGCACUUGACUUCAUAUAAUGUACAUUUACUGUGGAUAUAUAUACAAUUUUCCAAGUCAAUAUUUUGAGUAGAAGGGUUGAGAAGCAUGAAUUUUUGUUUUGUUUUUUAAUGUGUUUUACUUAAAACAUUAAUUUAUGCAGAAUGGCAGUAGCUUUUGCUGGUUUUGUUUUUAGUUUUUUGGUUUUGUUUUUUGGUAUGGUGUGUGCUUGGGGUUUUUUGUUGUUGUUGUUGUUGUUUGUUUUGUGAGAAGGUGGGUUGUUUGGCCUUUUUGAGACAAGGACUCACAGUAUAGCCCAGGCUGGCCUCCAACUCACAAUCCUCGUACUUCAGUCUCCUGAAUAUUGGGAUUAUUGGUGUAUACAACCAUGCCCAGCUACAAUUCAUUUCUAUGUCAGAUUUUAUUAUGAAUCCAAAGCAUCCUAGCUCUUUGUCAAAGAUGACAUAAAAAUGUUUUUAAAGAAUAGCAAUGCUGUACUUUUUAAAUUACUGCAAUAGUGAAGGUGCCAUUUUCACCUUUUUAAAAAGAUGCAUCUGUUUGCAGGUUUGUAAAGUUCUUGCAGACUUGCUACAGGAGCAUUAUAUAAAUUCUCAGGCAUGUUGGCAAAUACAGCACAUGUGUAAAUGCUAGGAAAUUUUGUUUUCCUUAAUCUCUUUAAAGUAUGUUUGAUGAAAGUCAUUCCACUAUUACACAUAAUGCUCAGCUUCACCAAUAUUUAAUUGUAUUUUCUGACUCUACAGGUAUUUCACUUUAUUCUUCAUAUUAUAGCCACUAUAACUUGAUAAAUCAUUGCACUAUUUAGGAUUUUUUGUAAUAUCAUGCAUUUAAUUUGCUUAAGAUUUAGCACCCUUUAUAACUCUUGACAAAUUGCAUUGAGAAAAGAAGUCUUCGUUAAUAGCUACUUAAUCCCAUCCCCCCAUACCCACCCUUAACAAUGUACUGUCAUUUUCAUUUGGAAUGAUGUUGUUUUAUGAUGUAUUUCCAAAUAGGGUUCAGAAUCUACAACGCAGUUCAACACAAGUCUGUUGAGCUUUAAAAUGUAUUUGAAGUAAUAUUUAAAUAGUCAUUUAAAAUUAUGAAUUAGAUGUUUUUAAAUUUAUGCAUAGUAAUUUUGCACUGUAAAAUAUUUCCCUUCUCCCAUUUCCUUCUGCCAUUCUGAAUAUGCUUAUUAAAUAUUUUUAAACAUA